AUGGAGGACGAAGAAAGGUUAAAUGAACCCAAGGUUGAUAUGGUAUUUCAAUCCAAAGAAGAAGUUUUUAUAUUUUAUACAAAUUAUGCAAAGAAAAAAGGAUUUUGUGUAGUAACGAGAAGCUCAAAACGCGGAGAUGAUGGAAAUUUAAAGUAUCUCACUUUUGAAUGUGCUAAAGCACAUAACAAAGAAUCAACAAGUAAAAAUUUGUUAUCGUCAAAGCUCUCAACAAAAACAAGAUGUCAAGCUAAAAUAAGAUUCAAAAGGUGUGAAGAUGAGAGUUUUAAGAUAACAACCGUUGAGCUUAGUCAUGAUCAUGAUUUGAGUCCGGGGAAAGCACGUCAUUUGAGAUGUCAUAAGAAGCUAAAUGAGCAAGUGAAAAGGAGACUUGAUAUAAACGAUCAAGCAGGUAUUGCUCCAAACAAGAACUUUCACUCUCUUGUUGUAGACGCAAGAGGUUAUGAGAAUGUCACGUUUAAUGAAAUGGAUUGUCGUAAUUAUAUUGAUGAAUUGAGAAGGAAACGGCUUGGUAGCGAUCCAAACUUCUUUUAUGUGAUGGAUGUUGGUGAAGAUUCUCGGUUACAAAACUUGUUUUGGGCUAAUGGGAGGAGACGCCAUCCGAAAGCCAUUAUUACAGAGCAAUGUAAGGCCAUGCAAAAUGCUAUUGCGAUUGUAUUUCCAAAUACAAAGCAUAGGUGGUGUUUAUGGCAUAUCAUGAAAAAGCUUCCUGAAAAGUUGAGGGGAUAUUCUAAAUAUGAAGAAAUCAAGGAAGCCUUGCAAAGUGUUGUUUAUGAUUCUUUAAAUGAAAAUGAGUUUGAAAAUGGUUGGUCACUAUUGAUUAACACCUAUGAUCUCAAUGAGAAUGAUUGGCUAGAUGGGUUAUACAAAGAAAGACAACGUUGGGUUCCUACAUAUGUGAAAUAUACAUUUUGGGCGGGCAUGUCUAUUACUCAACGGAGUGAAAGCAUGAAUGCUUUUUUUGAUAGAUAUGCCAACUCUAAGACAACUUUGAAGGAAGUUGUAGAAGAUGUAAAAGUUGGAGACAGAAGAAGAGAUGUUAAGUUCAUGGUUGCUUUCAAUGAUGUUGAGUGUGAAGCCAAAUGCAAUUGCCGCUUAUUUGAAUUCAGAGGAAUUUUAUGUAGACAUGCUCUUUUGGUGCUCAUUUUAAGAAAGAGUUCUAUAAGUUAUGAUGAUAUUGAUUGUGUAUCAAUUCCUUCGUCUCCUCAUAAAGUCGAUGAAAUUGGGACACAAGAAAGUUUGUAA